CUAUCUAUGGUGGAAGGUGAACACAUUUAUGGAGUGCCGUUUUCUUUAGUUUCGCGACGCUGUGCAGAGUUAUGUGUGCUAUAUGGAAUAUAUGAUCAUUUCUAUUCAGAUGUACUAAUUCAUUGUUUGCUCUUUUUUAACUGUGCAAUAUCCAGCCAAAGUUCAAUCUGCUUUGCCAAUCCAUUUGUUUUGCAGAGGCCACCAUGGCCACAUCUAAAUUAAUGAGGGCUAUCAGGGUGUCAGAGUUUGGAGCCCCUUCAGUUUUAAAACUCUACACAGACCUACCUGUGCCAAGUCCUCGCCAGAAACAGGUUCUGAUUCGAGUCCAUGCGUGUGGCGUAAACCCAGUGGACACGUACAUCCGCUCUGGAUCCUAUGCUCGGAAACCCAGCUUACCCUAUAUUCCAGGAUCAGAUGUCUCUGGUGUGGUGGAAGCUGUCGGGGAGGGUGUUCAUCUCCUACGGGCAGGUGACAGAGUCUUCGCCACAGGAACUGUGACGGGAGGAUACGCUGAAUAUACUGUGGCCUCAGAGGACACUGUCCACAAGCUGCCUGAUUCCCUAGACUACAAACAGGGUGCAGCUCUCGGAGUCCCAUAUUUCACUGCGUACCGGGCGCUAGUUCACAAGGCUCAUGCCAAAGCCGGAGAGACGGUUCUUAUUCAUGGAGCCAGUGGUGGAGUAGGCAUUGCAGCGUGUCAGAUGGCACGAGCGUUUGGCCUUACAGUUCUGGGAACAGCUGGGACAUCCGAGGGGAUGAAGCUGGUGCUCAGCAAUGGAGCUCAUCUAGCAUUCAACCACCGAGAAAAAGACUACCUGGAGAAAAUUAAGAAUGCUACCAAUGGACAAGGCGUGAACGUGAUCAUUGAGAUGUUGUCCAACGUCAACCUCAGUAAUGAUCUUCAGUUGCUUGGCUUAGGUGGUAGAGUUAUGAUUGUUGGCUCUAGAGGCCCUAUUGAGAUCAACCCCAGAGACACCAUGAUGAAAGAGACCAGCAUCAUUGGCGUGGCUUUGUACAAUGCAACUAAGAGGGAAACAUUAGAGUGUGCUGCGGCUCUUUUUGCAGGAAUGGAAGCAGGCUGGUUGAAACCUGUCAUUGGUCCACAAUAUUCACUUGAUAAAGUGGCCCAGGCUCACGAAGACAUCAUCGGCAGUUCUGGAGCCAGUGGAAAGAUGAUUUUGAUCAUGUGAAAUUAGUCAGGAAGUGGAAAUCCUGAACUGUCUUUGCAUUAACUGCCACAUUUGUACUUCAUUGUUGUAUUCAGCUAUAUGAAAUUUUCAUGUAUGAAACAAAUUAUAGAGACCAUCACAAGUGAAAACAUUAGUUCAGCAAAUGUUUUGUGGAAAUUAAAUUGAACAAAUGGAUGAUAAUUAAUCAUACUAUAAAUAACAUGAAUUGUAUAUUACACAAAUAGACAGUAACAGGCCUAAAAUUGUGCACAUUACUGAUUUUAAUGAAUGU